AUGGAGAGGCUGUUGCUGCUGCUGCUGCUGCCCCUGCUGUGGGCGGGGCCCCUGCAGAAGGAGUCACUAUACCAGCUGCAAGUGCAGGGGUCGGUGACGGUGCAGGAGGGUCUGUGCGUCUCCGUGCCCUGUAACAUCUCCUACCCCCGGCUUGACUCGACCGACUCCACACGUGUUUACGGGGCAUGGUUCCGGAAAGAGGAUAGACUCCAAGAGGACAUUCUUAUGGCCACAGACAGCUCAACCCGGGGUGGAAAGAAGAAGAAAAAUAGCCCAUUCCACCUCCUCGGGGACCCCAGGGCCAACAACUGCUCCCUGGGCAUUGCAGAUGCCCGCAAGGGGGACAGUGGAAACUAUUAUUUUCAGCUGGGAGGAGAAGCUGCAGAACACAGUUACAAGAAUAACCAGCUCACUGUGAAUGUGGUCGCGCUAACAUGGACUCCCGAUGUCCACAUCAAGGAGCCCCUGGAGUCCGGCUCCAGCAGCCACCUCAAGUGCUCCCUGCCUGAGACCUGUGCCUGGGCCACGCCCCCCACCAUCUCCUGGACCGGGGCUGCCCUCAGACCCCCGGGACUGGACUCCAAGGAGGCCUAUAACUCCCCGGAGAUCCUGCUCACCCCCCGCCCGCAGGAUCACGGCACGAGCCUCACCUGUCGGGUGACCUUCCGCAGGGCUUCUGUGAGCGCAGAGAGGACUGUCACGCUCAACGUGUCCUAUCCCCCCCAGAAGCUGACCAUCAGCGUCUCCGGAGGAAUUGGCACAGAGCUGGAACACCUGGGGAACGGCUCAUCUCUUCCUGUUCUGGAGGGAGACUCUCUGCGCCUGGUCUGUGACACCGACAGCAACCCCCCGGCCUCACUGAGCUGGUCCCGGGGGAGCCGGACCCUGAGCCCCUCACAUCCUUCUAGCCCUGGGGUCCUGUACCUGCGCAGAGUGGAGUCGGGCCACGACGGCGAGCUCACCUGCCGAGCUCAGCACCCUCAGGGCUCCUUGUGGGUCUCCCUGCAUCUCUCUGUGCAGACCCGCCCGCAGCUGCUGGGCCCCUCCUGCUCCCAGGAGGACGAGGGUCUGCGCUGCAGCUGCUCCUCCCGAGCUUGGCCGGCCCCCUCCCUGCGCUGGCGGCUCGGGGAGGGGCUGCUGGCGGGGGAGCUCAGCAACGCCUCCUUCGAGGUCAGCUCCAGCUCCGCCGGGCCCUGGGCCAACAGUUCCCUGAGCCUCCGCGAGGGGCUCAGCUCCAGCCUCAGCCUCAGCUGCGAGGCCCUGAACGUCCACGGGGCCCGGAGCGGGUCUGUCGUGUUGCUGCCAGGGAAGCCCAGGAUUGGAGGAGAAUUUGUUCUGGGGGCCAUCGGGGGAGCUGGUGCCGCUGGCCUGUUCAGUCUCUGUUCCUGCCUCAUCUUCUUCACACUGAAGACCUGCAGGAAGGCAGCCCGUGAGAAGGAUGAAGCCGGCACACUGGGCCCCACCUCCCAGGGUUACCAGGAUGAGUGUCCUCCAGGCAGCCCCCUGGCCUACCCGACCCCAGCGGCGGCCGCCCCCCUUUCAGGGGAGGAACAGGAGCUUCAUUACACCUCCCUCAGUUUCCUCGAGCUGAGACCCUGGGAACCUCGGGACCAGGCCGCCACCAGCACCACUGAAUAUGCAGAGAUCAAGAUCCUUAAAUGA